GGGAGAGGAGGGGGGCAAGGGGGAGCAGAGCAUGGAAAAAGGCUGGGAGGAGGUGCUGGAGAAGGUGAAUGCUCUCUGGGAGGGGGGCGUGGAAGACGCCGACCUGCCAGGGUGGGAGUCUAAGAACACAGGCUCCUUGGGACCUUGGCCGAUCCUGCCCCCUCCAUCGGGGUUUGGGGGCCCGGAGUCCCCCACCACACCCUCCUGCCUCAGCUCAGUGCCCAGCACGGAUGACCUCUUCCUCGGCCUGGGACCGAGUCGAUCCCAAUCCCACACAAGCCUGAGGGAAGAGGGAGCUCAGCCUGGUCUGGACCAACACGAUCAGGUCCAGUCCCAGCCUGACCAACAGCUUGCUGAUACGGAGAGCCACAUGGGGAUGAGGAGACAGGAGGAGGAGGAGGACAGCAAGAGUUCUCCCAAAACAGAGACGGACCACACGGAGGAGCUCAGCUCUGACCGCACGCGGGAGUCGGACUCCAGCGGGAUCCAGGUGUCCAACCCGGACCACACCACCCACUCCGACACCUUUUCCAACACCGAGCGGCCGGAGUACGACUCGGACCUGAGUAGCGCAACGUCUCUGGACCGUGAGGAGGAUGACAAGGAGGAGAAAGAGGGGAAAGGAGGAGGAGGAGAAUGGCUGGAGAUCCAGCAGGAAUUCCCUCCCCUCCACUCCCCCUCCCCGGAGAACCCUUACCGGGAGGAGCCAACGGAGGAGGGCCCCCUAGAGGAAGAGCCUGCAAAGACACACCCUGGCUUAGGGGUGAGUCAUAGUGAAAGGGAAGGAGAAAAAGAAGGAGAAAGGCAACAGACAGAGGAAAGAGUGGAUGAAACGGAGGAGAGGGAGGCUCAGACUUGUAAGGAGGAGGUGGUCGGCUCUGUGCCAUGUGAGAGGAUCACGGAAGGGACCUCUGAACUCCCGAAGCCUGCUGAAGGAAUGGCGCCACGGGGCGGUGCCCCUGCCUUGACUCUGGAGAUGGGGGACCAGAAGGGACUGCCCAGGGUAGACACCCCACCUUCCAGAACAGACUCCCCCCUUCCCCUGUCCCCCUCCAAGCACGAGGUGCGGGGGUCAGGGCUGGAGAGCGGGGACGCGGAUGCCUUUGUUGUGACGGACAGUUUUGUAUACCUUGCGGUUUCGGUGCUGCCCCCGUUCUCUCAGAGCCUCCCCCUGUCUCCCCUUGCGGAGUCUGCACCUGGAAGCCCCCUACUCCAGCCAGGUCCGGAGCUCGGCGAGAGCGACUUCCUCUCUACCGACAGCUUUGUGUACCUGGCUGCUCCGGAGCGCCACCCCCUGGCUACCGAUGGCAGCUCCACCUGUGGAAACUCCCAGGACUCUGACUCAGAGGGCAGUCAGUCCGGGGUGGACUUCGUGCUUGGCUCCAUGACCGGGGACAGCGACUCGGACAGGUCUGAAUCGGAAGCAGAACGGUCCUCGCCAUCCUGGGACCACUGGGACGAGCUGGAGCCAGACGUGUUGCAGGGGCUGUUCUGCGACGACCAAUCAGAGCCCAGUCAGUGGGCACCGGGAGGGCCUGAAUGCAAGAUCGUUCCUGACCAGGAAGGGACAGACCUGGGCAGUCCGGCCUCACUCGAUCCUGAGGACACAGAGCCCCACAAAGAGUUGAACGUGGACUCCAUGGGCGUCGUUCAGCUUCAGACUGACAGUCUGAGCCACUCAGAGAGGGUCUUGGCAGCGGAUCAGGCCCAGGGUCCGAUUGCACUAUUCUGGGAAACCCACAAAGAGCUGGAGCCCUGGCUGGACGAGACUGAGGCUCUUAUCGCCAAAUUACCCCCACCUGCUAUCGACCUGGAGACACUGAGACAUCAGCAGGAUAAAAUUAGGGUCCUGAAAGAGUCCAUCACAGACCACCAGUGCCAUAUUGACAAGCUCCUGUUGAUCGGCCCCCUGUUGGCGGAGAAGAAUGCCCAGGAGGGGGCGACAAUGAGACAAUGUUAUAGUGCAGCAGAACAGCGCUACCUGGCCAUCAAGGAGGGGGUCAGAGGUUACAGCGCUGCGUUGGAUGAGGCUAUCUCUCAGUCCUCACAGUUCCAUGAUAAGAUGGACCCUCUGUUGGAAACACUUGAGAGGGCAGUGCAGCGACUGAGACAGCGCCCCCCAGUGGCAGUGGAGGUGGAGAAGAUCCGGGAGCAGCUGGCGGUGCACCGGGCAGCAGGGCUGGAGCUGGACAAGUUGUUGCCGUCCUACAACGCCCUGUGCUCCCAGGGCGAAGACCCGACCGCCCACAUGCCCCACACUGACCCUGCUGACCCCGCCGCUCAGGUGGUGCGCUCCCAGCUGCGGCGUCUGUGCUCUCUGUGGGAGGAGAUCCGGCAGCGCGCGCAGGAGCGUGAGGCAAAGCUGCUGGAGGUCCUGGAUCUGGCCGGGAAGUUUUGGGCUGACUCAGAGGCGCUACUGGGCACUCUCAGAGACGCCCAGGACGUCGCGAGGGGCCUGGAGGAACCGGCGGUCAACCCUGCCCUCAUCAAACAGCAGAUGGAGACGACCAAGGCUUUUAGGGCAGACAUGGACAGGCUGUCGGAGCAGCUGGAGGGAUUGCGCAAACUGGGAGACGACCUUGUCUCUGCCUGCGGAGACUCGGAAAAAACGGUCGUCAAGAAGGCCAUCGACGAGAUGCAGGCUGCCUGGGAGAGCUUGAGCAAGAUGUGGGGCGAUAGGAUGGAGAAGCUAGAGGAAGCGAUGACGGUCUCUGUGCAAUACCAGGAUGCAUUGCAGGGUAUGUUUGACUACCUAGAUAGCGCUGUGAUGGAACUGAGGGACACGCCCACCGUGGGGGCGGAGCUCUGCACUGUCAGACAGCAGAUCGAGGAGCUCAAGCUGUACAAAGCAGCGAUGUGCCAGCAGCAGGUAGACAUGGAGAAUGUCCGCCACAAGGGGGAGCAGCUACUGAGGAGCGUAUUAGACCAGACGGAACGGGACCGAAUCCAGAACCCCCUCAAUGAGCUCACACACCUGUGGGAGAACCUGGGGGACCAGGUCACUCACAGACAGCACCAGCUGGAGGCUGCACUCCUUUGCCUUGGUCAGUUCCAGCAGGCCUUGCUGGAGGUGGAGUCUUGGCUCAGCCAAUCCCAUGUCAAGCUGGACACCUUACAGCCAAUCAGCUGUGACCCCAAAGCCAUUGAGAUGGAGCUGGCCAGCCACCAAGUACUGAGGAAUGAAGUGUUUUCCCACCGUCCCACCAUGGAGGCCAUGAACUGCACAGGCUCUGAGCUCCUGGAGUCCAGCCCAGGAGAGGAGGCCAUCCACCUGCGAGACCAGCUGGACAAGAUGAAUCAAAGCUGGGAGAGCCUGCUACUCAAGACCCUGGACCGUCAGAACAUGCUAGAGGCCGCACUUCAGCAGGCACAGGGUUUCUAUAGCGAGCUGGAGGACUGUCUGCAGUGGCUCAGGUGCACAGAGAGACAGCUGUCAGCAACCAAACCAACUGGGGGGCUGCCUGAGACCGCACGGGAGCAACUACAGCAGCACAUGGAGCUUCAGGGCCAGCUGGAGCAGCGGGAGGAGCAGUUCCGCCGGCUGCUGGAGCGGGGGCAGGCCGUGCUGCUGUCCCGGGGCGGGGCGGAGGACAGGGCGGGGGCGGGGCCGGCCCAGACCCAGCCGAACCUGGCACUGCUGCAGAGGAUGUGGACGAGCCUCAGCGCCAAGAUGGAUGAGAGGAGGGUGAAGCUUGAGGAGGCGGUCGCCCUGGCGACAGGUUUCCAGGGCUCCCUGCAGGUGUGUGUCAACUGGCUGAUCCAGGCAGAGCAGACUCUCAACAUGGCCCCGCCCCCCAGCCUCAUCCUGGAGAUGGUGCAGCUCCAGAUCGAACAGCACAAGGAAUUUGUGAACGAGGUUCAUUCCCAUAGGGAGCAGGUUCUGCUCCUGGAGAAAGUUGGGUCUCAGCUCCGCUCUGCCAGUCUGGAACAGGACGAGGUUCUGAUCAGCAACCUUCUGCUGCGUGUCCACGCCCGCUGGCACCAGCUGGCUAAGAGCUCCAUGGAGCGGGAGCAGCAUCUGGAGGAGGCUCGCAAGACUGCACAACAGUUCGAUGAAGCGUUUGGAGCGCUAUGGGCCUGGCUGGAGGAAACAGAAAGGCAGCUUGACUCAGAGCUGAAUAUUUCUGACGAGCCAGACAAGGUUAACCAAGAGCUGGCCAAGCAACAGGAGCUCCGGAAGGCUCUGUGCUCUAAGCAGCCGUUGUACUACUCCACAAUCCGGUCUGGCAGCUCCAUGAGGAACAAGGCCACCCUGCCCACUGACACCCAGAAACUGGACACCCUUCUGGGGGAGGUCCGAGACAAGUGGGACCGGGUGUGUGUGAAGAGUAUGGAGAGACAGCAGGCCCUGGAGGAGUCUAUGCUGUGCUCAGGUCAGUGUGAAGGGGCCAUACAGCUGAUGGUGGACUGGCUGUGCCGGGCAGAGCCCCAGCUGAGUGAAGACCAGCCAAUCCACGGAGACCUGGAUCUGGUAGCGCAUCUACUGGAAGCACACAAGGUGUUCCAGAGGGAGCUGUGGAAGAGGACCAGCAGUGUGCAGGCCCUGAAGCGCUCGGCCGGGGAGCUGAUGGAGACGGGGAGGGGCGAUGCCGCCUGGGUCGGGGUCCUCCUGCAGGAGCUCAGCCUGCGCUGGGACAGGGUCUGCACGCUGUCCGUCAACAAGCAGAACCGCCUACAGCAGGCGCUCAAACAGGCGCAGGAGUUUCGGAACAUGGUGCAGAUGCUGCUGGUGUGGCUGUCGGGGGCGGGGCAGACGCGUUUCCGCGGCGCCCUCCCUGACGACGCGGAGUCUCUGCAGGCGCUGGUCCACGCCCAUGCCGCCUUCAUGCAGGCCCUGGAGGAGAAGAAGGAGGAGGUGGACAGGGCCACCGCCCUGGGAGAGGCCAUACUGUCAGACUGUCACCCGGACGGCAUCACUGCUAUCAGGCAGCGCGUGACCACCCUGAGAACGCGAUUUCAGGAGGUGCUGACCUGGGCCAAACAGCACAAGCAAUUGCUGGAGGGCAGUCUGGCAGAGCUGCUGAACAACUCAAUAUUAUUGGAGGAGCUGCUGUCAUGGCUACUGUGGGCUGAGAACACGCUGGUGCAGCGGGAAUCGGUGCCCUUCCCCCACGACAACCUUCAGCUCAAAACACUGAUUAUAGAACACCAGGUGUUUAUGGAGGAGAUGAUGCAGAAGCAGACAGAUGUGGAGAGGCUAACUAAGACCUUCCAAAGGAAGCAGGCGGACGCAGCUGAGGGCAUGCAGGUUGCCGGGGGUAACCCUCGUCUUGCCCAGCUGUGUUCCCUAUGGCAGCAGGUGUGGCAGCUCUCUCUUGACCGCCAGAGCAAGCUCAGCAUUGCCCUCAACAGGCUGGAAGAGCUGGAGGAAUGCACAGCCUUUGACUUUGACACAUGGAGGAGGAAAUUUGUGCAGUGGGUGAACCACAGGAAGUGUCAUGUGAUGGACGUCUUCCGCCGCAUCGAUGAGGACCAGGAUGGGAAGGUUUCGCGCCACGAAUUUGCAGAGGUCAUCGUGGCCACAGAUUUCCCCACCAGCCAGAGGGAGGUGGCAGCAGUGGCCGAUCUCUUUGGCGGUGAUGGACACAUUGACUACUACGAGUUUGUGUCUGCACUGCACUCCAAUAAUGAUGCAUAUGCGCCCACCCCUGAGGCAGACAGGAUUAAAGAUGAGGUGACGAGACAGGUGGUGCAGUGUAAAUGUAUGAAGAGGUUCCAGGUGGAACAAAUUGGGCAGAACCAGUACAGGUUCGGAGACUCUGAUUGGGUGUGUACGCUGAGGAUGCUGUGCAGCACGGUGGUGGUUCAGGUGGGAGGGGGCUGGAUGUCUUUGAACGAGUUCCUACUUAAAUACGACCCCUGCAGAGAUGUAAGGCGUUCCUCAGUGCGGGGCAGAACGAGUCGAGGGGUUCGUGGAGUGGAUUCGUUGGAUGGGCAGUGAGGCCUCGUACGAUUUAUCCUGUCUGUUCAGGCACUUCAGACAUGCUCCCUCGUCUCUGGUAGCCCCUGUGACCUCUAUGUGGGCAUAGACAAGGGGAUCUCAUGGAUUUUGGGGCUCUGGUUAAUGACUGUGGUGUCACAAAAGAUGGCCCCAUUAACACGUGUGCCCUAUAAUUCUUGGCCUGUCUCUCAGUCAUGCUGUGUCGUGGAAAUAAGAGGUAAUUUCAUUGCUUCACAGAAGCAAAACGAAAUUGUGAAUGUAAUUCUCCUUCUUCGUCGUUUCUUUGGUUCCUUUAUUAACAUAAAGAAAUUAUUUCUCAGUCUAGAAUCAUAUCAUUUUCACGAGGAGAAUAAUAUUUUCUUGUCUCUGCCUCUGUAACUUUUGUAAAUGAUUGUUCACAAAGUUGUUACCCAGUAUUUCAGUGGCUGCAGCUUUACAAAUGCCAUUAAAGGGAAUGUCCAAAGGGUUUUGUGCCGAUGGUUUGAAAAACUAAAGAUGGCUGAUGAUACCGUGCAGCAGAGGCAAUGAUUGACAGCCUUUUCCCACCAUUCUCUGGCUCUACGUUGCUUUCUCCUUUCUUUUUGUGUAAUAGAUUUUCAUCACUAUUCGUCAGGAGCAAAUGUGUGUUUGAUUGUAAAGAAUACAUAAUGAAAUAGAGUAAAAUUGAGUAAUAUUUAUUUAUAUGUUCUUGUGUAGGGUGGGGUAAGAUGCCAUGUUUUGUUCAGUUUCUUGAAGAAUAAAUUUAGGGGGUUACAAGUCAAGAGUGCAAAGCAAAAAUAAAGUUAAAUGAUAAAAUGUUUUCUCUUGAAAUAAAAUAUUGCUUAAAGCUACAAAAUAUUGUGAUUUUUAUAUUUUCCCAUAUCUUCAUUUAAUAUUCAAUCAGACUAUUCUGCAAUGUUUUACAGAAGCAUGCUGCACAGGAAGUUUAGCACAAGUUUAACUCCACAGCAGGAGAAACGGAGAUAAAAAAGAAACUCACACAUAAAGCACAAAAAUGCAGUGAGAAAAAGAGUGAAUCUUUCUUUUUAUGGAACAUUCAAAUCAUUUUUUGACAUGUUUUUCUUGGUGGCAAAGCAUUAUGAAUUGAUCAGUCAGUUAUUAACCUGCUGUUUAAUCUCUUUAUAAUGUGAACUCUUGCAGCACAAGUCGUGACAUACAAGUAUAGGUAUCCUAUGAAGCUAACAACUCCCAGAAUACACCUCAAUGUAUUCUCCAGGUUUUUAUCCUCCUGUCUGGCUAUUGUAAUAUACAGUCCUCCUCCCUUUCCUGUCCCUGUACAUUGUGUAAUGUUUUGCCGUCCUUCCAAAAACAGCUGUUGUGCAGAAUCUGUUUAUAAAAAUGUACACCCACACCAUCUGCUGGAUACAUCUAAUCCAUACACAAAGUGUGCAAUAGCCACAUUUUACAGCAAUGUGCAGGAAAAUGAUACAGAAUGUACUGUAUUUAAAUUGGCAAUUGAAUAGGUAGCUUGCCAAUGAUCAUUUAUGAAGCGUUGCUUUUGUUGCCUUACCGUUUAUUCUCAGCUUUGUUAUUCAGUAA